CAGGUUUCUUGAGUUCAACAAAGGCAAUUGAUCUAUUCAAUUUCAAUUAAAAAUGAAUAACAAAAAUGCGAAGUCGUCCAAAAAGAACAAGUCCGAUACAGCUAUGAUGAGAAGACCAGUCAAAGGCCCAGAACCUCCAAACCUCAUGGAUGGGGUUUUACCGAAGUCACAAUCGGAUGUAUCUUCCGCGGACUUGCUGAAUGGGACAUACAGAAAUGCCUGCUUUAUUAGGGCUUUCUUCAAAAUUUACGGACGAGAUGUUGAGAUAACAGUUAAAAACGGAGCUAUCUAUCACGGAAUCCUCUAUUCGCUAUCGCAUCGUGGAGACAUACUACUGCAGUGUGUGCAUCGCAUUCGUGGACCAGAAGAGGAUGAGUCGAAGGAAAUAUUAAAUCCCUCCAAGGACAAUUUAGAAGAGUUUUUAGCCUUCCAGUCGGACGAUAUUGUUGAAAUGAUUUCAAAGUGUGUAGAUUUGGAGGAAGAUCAACAGAGUGCAGUGAAUGGGAACAGUAGCAGCCGCAGCACAUCUUUCAUAACCGAUAGUGAGUUGGGUGCAGUGCAGUUGGGUCUGUCCCGAGAGGAUCUGACCAACGGAGGUGGAGGAAUCAAUGGGACGAUGGAGAGAGAGCUGACCCCUUGGUUUCCCGAAGAGAACAACAACGAGUAUGAGACACUCGAUGGAUCCGAUGGAUGCAAUGGCUGGAGUGCCGAAGACAUGCUGAAGACGAACAGAGAGCACUGCGGAGUACAGAUUUGUACGUUUGACGAGAACCUCUACACAACCUCUCUAGACAAAACGACAGAAGAUUACAAGCAAAAAUUUAUGUGGGCGGAUUCUAUGGCGAGACAGAUUGAAGGAGGCCAAGAUCAUGAUGAGCGAUCGAACAUGGAGACGAAUACGGGUGAGGAGGACGAGGAAGCCAAAUUCUCCUCUGUUAGAAGAACCCAUCACAACUCAUCUUCGAACACCAGUACACUAACAUCUACCCCUCCCCCCAACGACGCGGCUGCGGGAUACCAACAGGCGCCCUUAAGCUCCAGUCCAGGAAACUCACGUGAUUUCACUCCUGUGUACUCAAAGAGGGUCGGAAAUAGAGGAGCUGGAGGACGAGGGGCUGCUGCGAACAAUGUUUCUCCUUAUCAGCCGAAUCCGGGCUUCAGUUCAACUCCCAACAACGGAUAUUCAUACAAUCAGCAGCAGCAGCAAGGAGCGGGUCAAAAUGCGUCUGCACCUAGAGGCGGAGCACCGUUCCGACCACAACAGAAAUAUCCAACCGGUCCACAAGCAAAGUUUUCAGCUGGUCCGCCACAAGGUGCCCGUCAAUUUAUAAGCAGCAGUCGUCAAAGAGCCACUUCGAAUUUCGACACACAGAAUACUUCUUAUGGAGGAGGGGCUGCAACAACAGCACCUAAUCAACAACAACAGUUCAACCAAAGCAGUAGUAGUAACAUAUCAACCAAUCAGACGCCGGUGACGUCACCACUGGCUGGCCAAAAUGAUCAAAAUCCAAAUCCAGCAGGGAAUGUCCAGGAACAGCAACCGACGGGAGGCACGAAUUACACUAGCCAUCAAAAUGGACACGUUCCGUCGUACAGCAAUGCAAUCAGCAGGGGCAAUAUGGGAGGUCAACCAAGUGUUGCGAUGGCAACUGCUCAGUCUUCCCGGGAGAUCAAAGAGCAAAAGCUCAAAAUGUUUUCAACUAACGUCAAGUUUGGAUCAGUUCCACAAGUGCCAGCAUCGAAUGACAAAGCAUCUCCGAAACAUAUGCCCCCAAGCUCGGGAGGUCCCCAAGGUGCUUCUGGUGUUGCGCUAGGUGCUACAAGUGGAUCGCAUAGUGCCAAGUCUUCACAGAGCCCGACACCCACUAAGGGUAAUGCAUGGGAGAGACCACCGGUAAUAAGCAUCGGAGGCAAGUUGGAGGAGGCGGUUGUUCCAAUGGCGACCCAAGUACAGAACGCUGCUCCACAAAGUCAAAAAUCAGUACAGGCUGCCCACCAAUCGCCGAAUAUAUCUUCAUCUCCAGUCAAAUCAGAGAGCACAACAGCUGACAAGAAAGAAUCAGACAUGAGUACAACUACAAAUGAACCAUCACAGUCCGUGAGCAAUACUACAGAACCAGGGAAGGAAGCUGUGACGACGAAUGAGAAGGGAGCUGAAGGUGGCGAGAAGAAAGGAGAAGCAGAAACGAAGACUGAUCCGGCUGACAUUGUCAAGAACUCGAAGUUGAAUGUCAACGCAAUGGAGUUCAAGCCAUCAUUUGCCCCUGCUCAGGAGCAGGCCGAAGACCAGUCUAAUGUCUAUUAUUCUGGGCCGGGUCCAAAUCCUCUGGACAAUAUAGCUGCCCAGGUGCCUCAUAUGUCACUCUCUGAGGAUCACUCGAUGGCAGCGGCAGCAGCUGCCCAGUUCCCCCAGGGCAUAGCAGCUCCUCCUGCAAGCUUCAUGACUUUACCACCUCAUUACUUCCAUCAUGCGAAUUUCCCAAAUGGAGCCGCGGGAAUGUUUCAUCAGCCGAUGCCCCAGCAGAUCCAGGUUCCGAUCCAGUCAUUGCCAGUCGUCUCCGGAGGCGGUCCACCGCAUCUCUCAGCUGGAGUACCAGCAUUUGCAGCCCAGCGACCACCACUGUUGCAUGGCUCAGCACAGAACAUGGCAGCUCAGUUCUCAGCUGCGAAUAUGUUCUCGCAAAACAGUCCCGUUCAAUCGAGUCCAUAUAACGGGACGUCGUCACCAACCUAUCAAGCUGCUAAAGGAAAUAGACCAAGAGCUCCUUUCCGACCUCCGCAUCCCAACGCACAGUACUUUCCGAGCACUUCCCUUCCGAACGUGGCAGCAACGGCAUCCAUGAGUGUAAACCAACAAGGGCAGCCAGUGGUCUCCGUUUCAGGACCCAACCCCGCUCAGAUGAAUUACCAGCACGGUGUCAUGGGAGGCGCGGUAUCUAACGGAAGCAAUGGGCAUGGCAACAACGCAAAUUCAGGACUAAUCCAGAACGUCGGCAAUCCUUCUUUCCCGUACCAACCGCAGCAAGGAUUAUUGGCGGGGCCUCCUCAGGGACUUUAUGGAGCAGCAGGGCAAGGUGUCGGAGGGGGUGGUGGUGGACCUAACGGUCCUCCGCCUGGAAGUUUGUUGUCGUUCACGUCUCAGGGCACAGUAGGGGGGCCUGGUAGUGGCCCGAAUCAGGCCCAUAUGCACGGACCCAGUCACCAAAUGGGAGUUGCUGCUGGAGGCAACACUGCCUAUUUUCAUCCCAACGCAGCUGGUGCUAUGUACCCUCCGUCACUCUAUCAAGCUCACAUGCGAAUGCCUAUGCCAGGUGGGAUGAUUGAUGGAAACGGCAACGGAAAUAUUCCCUUCGUCGGCCACGCAUUGGCCACAACAGUACCUGGAGGACCAGGCAUGACAACUCAGGGGGCAGUGUUCCAGUCUCAGGGACACCCACACCACACCCAGCACCAUGUCAACAUGCAGGGCACCAUGCAACCGGGACUAGUGGCCCAGGCGGGAGGGGGAGGAGCGAAUGGGGGGAACCAACAGUCGAACCACAACAAUGCAGCCGCAUCUUUUCAGCAGCAGAAUCAGCUACAAGACUACGCAAGUUCGUAUCCGCCGCUGCCUUCGUUGAAUAAUGGUAGUGAAAGCAGCUCGCGUGAAAUUAAUCAGACGGAUACUGGAAGUAACGUCGAAAUGAAUGAAAUGAUUGCAAACCAUCAAGGUACUCCCUCCCAAUACCCUUCGGGGCCAUAUUACGCCCAGGUUUCGAUGGAACCGGGAAUACAAAUGAACUCACAUAAUGACUUCCCAGCCUUGCAACAUCACCACCAACAGCAUCGCCAUAGCAUGGGCGACGCGCAAGUCAUUCCAGGCGUGCACCACCAACUCGAAGUUGAAAAUGAAUCUUUAAACGAAAGUUACGGCCGCGAUAGACCCAACAACAACGACCAGCACUUGCACCAGAACUCUGUCGUCCAAAAUCAGAACGUAAGCAAAGAACAACAAGAUCAACGACUGGGCUACUCGAUUGCGGGGUCCGAACUGAGAGAUGUCAAUAUGAUGUCGGGGUUGAAGGAGGAAGAGCUCUCCGGAGUUAAUCACCCGGGUCACCCAAAUAUGAACAGCUCCCAGCAGAAUCAACAGCAAAGUCAGCAACAACAACAGCAGCAGGCGCUUGCUGCUGUGAUGUCGGUAACAGGUACCCCUAAUCAACACCUGGUCCAGCAGCCCCAGUUGCCCAGACCCGGACUGCAUGCGCCUGGUCAACAGCAGCCGAUGUAUUUAGUUAACUUGCAACCUAACAUGGCCGUGCAGCAGGCCGCGGUGGUUGCCCAACAGCAGGCUCAUUUCGGGGUUCUUCAACAGCAUAUGCAUCAGCAACAACAACAACACCAGCAGCAGCAACAUCGCAAUUCCAUCUCAUCAGGACCCCCGCAGGGCCACGAAUACAACAGGAGCAAUUCACAAGAUGUUACAGCAGGCCAUGCAAACAAGUAGUAUAUUUGAGUUGACGAAAUUGAUUUCAAAUCCGAACCAAGGCAGGAGAUCGAAGCUGCAGCACAGCGCCAAGGGAGCAGAGAAGGAAGAUAAUACGUUUAAAAAUUAUUACAAAUUAAAAACACCAAUAAAAAUAUUCUAUUCCUUCGUGUUGAUCUUUUAAUUUCAAUUUCAUUCUCUUCGAUUUUUGUUCAAUUUAUCAUAUAUCAUCAGUUUUUUUUGCACCAGAAUUCUAUUUUCCAAUGAUUAAUGCUUAAUGAUAUAUUGAAGUUUAAAUGGAUCGGGAUUGGAAUAGAUUUCUGGUUGUACUUAAAAAGUUGAAAUCUGUUUUGUGGAAAAGUAGACGUUGUGUUGUUACGACUGACCGUUGGCUGGCUUAUCAUUUUGUAAAAAGGCUGUAAUCUCGAUGCUUGAUGUAACUAACACCAAUCAGUGCAAACACUAAAAUACUACCAUGCUAUUAUUUAUCUUGCUCACGUUGAUCAUCUACUUCCUUCAAUUUAAUUUUCUCAAACCACA